GGAAAAUCAGCCCACAACAAGAGCAACAUCUCUUCAUAACUGUUCUUUAGUGGAAAGAUUGUCUGAACCACUCCUGGUCUGUUGGCUUUCUCAAGCAUCCACUCCUUCACUAUACAUAUCGUCCCGCAGCAGGGAUGACAACUCCAGUCCCCUUCGGAUGGCUUCUUGUUCUGCUGAACUGGUCUCGGUCGGAUCACCUUCUUCCAAGGACCCCAUCCUCGAGGGUACACUAAGACCAUCCAUUCCUCGGUCCCAGUCCUUACAUGAUCAUUUUUCCUUCUUCUCUUUUAAUCCUGGCUUCCUUACAUUCUAUACUUUCACAACUUAAUGUCUCCUUUUGCGGAAUCUUAAACACUCUGGAUUCUCCUUCUACCUCCAGCCAUUGUUCAUCCCACAUCACCACCUUCUUCGUUUCCCCCGAUCUUUCUCCCUCUUCCGAUGUCAAGAAGACAUCUAUCUCCCUCCUCCUCCUUUUCUCUGACUCCUUCCCCUAUUUUCUUGCCUUUAACUCUUUCAUCUUCUCUAUAAUUUUCACUACCUCUUCCUUUCUCGCUUCGCUAUCCUUUUCCUCCUCCGUAGAUGCAUGAGGAGACGGCUCACUCUCUCUCCUUUCUUCUCCUUUAUCUUCCUGUUCACAUAGAUCCAGAGGAGACCGAGAUGUUAUCUCUAAUUCCUUUAAAAGUUGUGAUAGGCUAAUUGGGAAAUCUGCUCUCAUGAUUCUUAUUUUCAUAUCCGUGAAUGGGAUUAGCAUGAUUCUUUUUUUUUCUUAACUCUGUUUCUCUUAGUAACCAGGCAACACCACCCAAGGAAUGCACCUAGUGGUUUGAUUUCCUAAUAAAGCAGGGCUAGUUCCCCUUUUGAUAUCUAGCAGCAUAGUUUGCACAGCAGCGAACACUUAGUCAGAACAAUUCCUGUCACAUAUGAGUGAGCAUAAUCCUACGGUGGUCUGCAUGGGGGUGAAAUGAACAGAAUUCAGCCUCAGAAUUUUGAUGCAGCUUCACUUGGUUUGGGAAAUUCAGUCUUCAGUUCUAAAAAAGGUCCUCUGUGUGUCCCUUGCACUCGACAAUGUGUCUGUGUAUCUGCCAUUGCUCUUAUUAUACUUGGUAUCAUCGCUGCGGUCAUUGCAAUAAUUGUCACAGUUGGUAUCCCCCCACCUACACCAGUUAAUCGAUUAUGUGUAACUACCAGUAAUCAGACAGGUUUUUUAUGUGACAACAGAGAAACGUGCAUUUCAGCCAGCCAGGUUUGUGACACAAGAAGAAACUGUGCAAAUGGAGAAGAUGAGCAGGAGACACUAUGUCGUGACUUGCCCAACAACCUUCCGGAAUACUUGAUAUUUCACUGCAGCAACCCCAGAUUGUGGAUCUCUGCAGACAAAAGAUGCAACGGGUUCAAUGACUGUGGAGACUGUUCUGAUGAAACAGGGACCUGGGCCAGCUGCCCUCCUUGUGGGCCUCAGUGGUGGAGAUGCACGAUGGUUGUCUUAUAUAGUUACUGUGCCUGCAUUCCCAGAAGUUUUUGCAGAGAUGGGAUUCAGCACUGCUUUGACUGGUCUGAUGAAUAUAUCUGCACAAAAUGAGCUAUUAAGAAUUCUACACCUUUCAGAUGAUACUGGGAGCAAUCCAGCAACUACUGCUGUUGUGGAACCACUCUUCAUUUUAGAUAAGCUUGUGGAAAAUGCUUGAUACCGUGUUAUAUGUAUUGUUUUUAGAUCAACUAUUCUUCAACUUUUGAAUUCAGGAGCAUGUUUACAAUGUCCUGAUACCGAUCAUCAUCAUCUUAGAACUGCAGAACUGGAAGGGACUGUAUGAAUCAUGAUGUCCAGGCCCUGUCAGAGGCACAGUGGAGAAUCAAACUCCCAACCUCUGGCUCUGCAGCCAAAUACCCAAACCACUGAGCUAUCCAGCAGUUCCUGCAGCAGAGUCCCUAAACUGAAAGGACUUGGUGGUAAAACAGGAUUUUAUUUCCAUGCAAUUUGAUGAACACACUAAUUUAUAAAAAUGCUGUUAAACUCUGGUUUCAUACUAUCUUAAAUGAAACUAAAAUUAGGAGGACAAUAGUUACACCAAAACCUCUCAUGCACAUAUAGACUAAAGUGAAUGCUGGGUGGCUGUUGUACCAAUACCUGCAGUAUUUAUGCCUAAAUGUGAAGUCAGUAAUAUCCUGCUAUCUAGUCUCCUUGCUAAAUAUACUUCCUACUUUUCUGAGCAGUCUAUAGAUAUUGGGUGUCGAGUUCCAUCAGAGCCAAUGUCUGCUUAGUACUGUCACUGGAUAGCCACUGUACCCAUCUCAGUUACUUCUUGUUUUAUAUUAAACUCACCAGAUUAUUUCCUCUCAGAUUAGUUACAAAUAUUACUUUCAAUUUACUUGGUUUAAUUUGCAAUUAUUAGCACUGAAUUAAUAAUGUAAGGCAGGAUUGUAUUCUGUCUCUUAUAGUUAUAACAUAAUGCCAACCAAUCUAUCUGAACUGAGAGAGGCUUGUGAGUUACAUACUUUUAUGUAACAGUAAGCAUGCAUUGAAUUGUUUUUUAAAUUGUUUUAGUUUACAAUGUUUGAUGGAACCCAC